AUGGAGAAGGUGCCCCCCACAUUUGCUGCACUGGAGAAAUCUGUGCAUACGCCAAACAGCAGCUUCCUGGACCUGUUUCCGUUCAAGAAAGCUGUGCCUGGGAACAGGCUGAAGCUCUCACACGGCAGGGAUCCCAUGCAAAUUUGGGCACUCUGCACUUGGGAGGCACUGACUCCCAAGAGCACACCUGCCAAUGUGACCCAGAUCUGCUGCUGCUGUGGCCCUGCUCCCUGCAGCUUGCCCUGCUGCCCCCGCACCAAGGUGUCCACGGGCACGCGGCUGCUCUACAUGCUCUUCCACCUCCUGGCCUGUGCCGCCUGCUGCUUCAUGUUCUCCCGCACUGUGAUAGAAGCCAUCAAGGAGAACGUGCCUUUUUAUGCCGUGCUGUGUGAACAUCUCCAAGGGGGCAGCAACUGCAACGUCCUGGUGGGCUACUCCGCUGUCUACAGGAUCUGCUUUGGCACCGCCUGCUUCUACCUGGGCCAGGCUGCCUUCCUGAUCAACGUCAAAUCCAGCACCAGCUUCCGGGCCCUGCUGCAUAACGGGUUCUGGUUCCUCAAGCUUCUCGUCCUGGUGGGGCUGUGGGCAGCAGCCUUCUUCAUUCCCGACCAGCGCUUCAUCGGAGCCUGGCACUUCGUUGGGGUCUGUGGGGGCUUUGCCUUCAUCCUGGUCCAGCUGGUGCUGAUCACAGCCUUCGCCCACACUUGGAACAAGAACUGGCUGACCGGUGCCGCCACAGACAAGUGCUGGUGCCUGGCAGUGCUGCUGACCACGCUGGGCUUCUACGCCGCGGCCUCCGUGGCUUACGCCUUCCUGUACAGAUUCUACACCCACCCUGGUGGCUGCGGCCUCAACAAAGGGCUGCUGGCGUUCAACGGCAGCCUGUGCCUCCUCCUCUCCUUUGUCUCCAUCACACCCUGCGUCCGCCUCCGACCAUCCAGUUCCAGGCCCCUUCAGGCCUCCAUCAUCUGCUGCUACAUCAUGUACCUGACCUUCUCUGCCCUCUCCAGCCGGCCUCCAGAGAAAGUGCAGUACCAGGGACAGAAUCUCACCAUUUGCUUCCCCAGCAUUGGCAAGGACGGAAUGCAGAUGGAGGAUAUCGCUGUGGCUGUCCUGGGGGCAGGAGUCAUGUACGCCUGUGUCCUCUUUGCCUGCAACGAAGCGUCUAUCCUGGCAGAGAUGUUUGGGCCUCUGUGGAUGAUCAAGGUGUACCGCGUGGAAUUUAAGGACCCCUCCUGCUGUUUCUGUUGCCGGGACAAAACGGAAGAGGAGCUGGCAGGUGAGGCCCGGUCUUCUGGGGACCAUGAAGAGUCCAACCACGUCAUCUACAGCUACUCAGCUUUCCACUUUGUGUUCUUCCUGGCCUCAUUGUAUGUCAUGAUGACCCUCACCAACUGGUUCAGCUAUGAGGAUGCUGAGCUGGAGACCACCCUCACACAUGGCAGCUGGUCAACCUUCUGGGUCAAGGUGGCUUCUGGCUGGGCCUGCAUUCUGCUCUAUCUCUGGCUUCUCCUGGCUCCGCUCUGCCUUCCGGACUCUCACCAGCGCUGCUCAAGCAACCCCGCUCAGCGUCUUAUACGGAGGAGGCGGCGGCGUGCACUUCACCGCAUCAGCGUUGCUACGUAG